AUGUUUUCGCGACGCCUCACAUCGCGCCUGUCGUCCCUGGGCACCUCGAAUCUGAGCCGCCCUCUGUCGACAAGCGCAAUCACCGCUUCAUCAAAGAGAGCACCCUCGCUCUCCGACGUCGAGCCCAACAAGGGUCAUCUGUUCGAUCAGAACUCACAAAAGUUCCGCAACGACCUGGCCGCUGCCCAGAAGAAGCGUGAGCAGGAAGAGAGUCAGUCAACUUACACAUCCCCGAGUGUAUUCACUCUAAUUACGAAUGGUGUUGACAGANNAUCCAAAGCACGCGAUCAAUCAGAAGAUGGCAAGAAGGGCGGUCGUCUCUCCAACUUGCUCUACGGCACUCAGGAGGGCCGCGAGAUGGACAAGGAGAUUGAGCGCAGCUUCAGUCAGGUCCUUGCCCGAGGCAAGUACGUCCACAGCAUUGUCUUGCACGAUGUGAAGCCCGACAAGGUCGACGAGUAUGUUGAGCUUGUUGGUACCUGGUACCCUCGUAUGGCCAACAUGCCUGAGAAUAAGGUUCAUCUGGUGGGAAGUUGGCGAACAGAGGUUGGCGACUGCGAUACCUUCGGUUUGUCUUGUCCAAGUCCCCAUCUUGUGUUGGAAUCUUUGCUGACUGGAAUCUCACANGUUCACAUCUGGGAGUACCAACGUUACGAAGGAUACCACGCUUCGCUGCACGCCAUCCAGCACCACCCUGAAUUCCCCGAGUUUGACCGCAAGCUCAAGUCGUUGAUCAACUCGAAGAAGACAUCUUUGAUGCAAGAGUUCUCGUUCUGGCCCACAACAGCUCCUCGCAAGCUUGGUGGUGUCUUUGAGCUUCGCUCGUACACCUUGCACCCUGGCAACCUUCUGGAGUGGGAAACACACUGGCGCACUGGUCUGCGUGCUAGAAAAGAGGUCAUGGAAGGUGUGGGUGCAUGGUUCGUGCAGAUUGGAGACCUCAACACUGUCCACCACCUGUGGCAAUUUGCCGACCUCGAGGAAAGACGUUCGCGCAGAGAGCAGAGCUGGAGUGUGUCUGGCUGGGGUGAAACCGUGCACAAGACUGUCCCGUUGAUUCAGACGAUGAAGAGCAGAAUCUUGGUGCCCAUGCCGUGGAGCCCUGUUGCAUAA